AUGGACGACAAGAGCUUGUCCCUCCUUCGGCGCAAGCUGAAAAGCCUCAGCUACAGCGAUGUGUUCGAGGAGACGAGCGCGCCACUCGUGGGCAGGUUGCUCGAGGACCUCGUUCACACGACGGAGAGCUACAGGUCGCUCAAACUGAGGUCGGCCCAGCAGACUCAGGAGAAUGGAGAAUGGCAGAGCAAAACGGAGGCCCUACGGAGGGACAUGGAGCGGGUUGUGGGCGAGAACAACCGCUUGCACUCCAACCUCUUGGAGCUCACGGAUGAACUGGCGAAGCGCGAUCGCCGAGAGUUCGAAAUCAAGCGUUCCCUGAAUGUCGAGAUAUCAACACUGAAGUACGUCAACCGCACGCAGCAGCAGCGCGUGCGUCAACUCGAGGCCGAGGUCAGCGGCCUGCAGGACCUGAUCAACACCGCCGGAGCGGGCAACGAGAACCAGCCGCCUGUCGUGGGCAAGAUUGACCUGCCCUUCGAACCGGCAGCACCGCACGAGGCGCUGAAGUCGAGUCCUCCGGAAGCCCAGGCGGUCCUCAAACAAUGGCAAGAGCGCGUGGACACGCUGGAGGCCCACUUGCGGCAGUCGCGGGCCACGGCGUCCGGGCUGCGGUCGCAGAUUGUUGAGGCGCAGGAGAAGGCCAUCCUCCAGGACGCAGAGCUCGAGCGGCUCCGCACCGCCGUGUCGAAAGAGCGCGACCUGGAUCAGCUCGCCCUGCAGUACCGCAACGAGUCGAGCGAGCGGUUGGUUGCGUCGCUGAACCAGCAAAUCGACUUCCUGACCGAACAGGUCUCCAAGCUCGAAGCGCAGCUCGGGCCGCGCAACAAGGCUCUGGACGCGGCGGAGGCGGCGAAGGUGGAAGUUGAGGGCAAGCUGCGGGCGGCAAGCCGGGAGAACGAACGCAUCCGGUCAGAGAUGUACGAGCUGCAGGCGGUUGUGCAGACGCUGCAGGCCUCGUACGAGAAGGAGGCUGCGCUGCGUCCGGCCGGGCCGCGGGUGGGCGUCAGCGGCGCUGAGAAGGCCAAGUCGUUCGACACUUCGGAAAUACCACCACCUGCUGCUGGGCCUGAUGCGCACCCCGAUCUGCUCGAGCAGCUGCGCACCCUGCAGAGCGUCCGGCUUGAGGGCGUUGCCGCGCUCAAGGCUAGCGAGGAGGAGCGCCGGCGCCUGGAAGCGGAGAUUCGCAGUGCCAGUUCGCGUGCUGCUGAAGCUGAGAGGGAGGCUGAACGGCUCAUGCAAGACCUGGAGCAGGCGCGCCAAGAAGCGGGAGAGCCUGUGCCUCCGAGCAGGCCCGCUCAGGACGCGUCGGUCGACCGGUCCUUCCUCGGGAACGAGCGCAUGGCGGAGCUAGAGGCCGAGCUGCACUCGCAGGUAGCGAGGAAUCAGGCACUCGAGGAGCAGCUGCGCACUGCACGCGAAGGCCAGGUCAUCCCCAACAGCGCCUCCGCACCGGCAGCGGACACGACCGCUGCGUCGGAGCGUGCGACAAUACUUGCCCGGCAGGACGCCGAACAGCUCAGGGAACAGGUGCUGCAGCUGUCUGCUGCACAAGCGCGUGCCGAGGGCAUGAUCCAGGAGCUGACUGCGCAGCUCGGGGAGCGCGCCGAGGAACUUGCUGUCGCGGAGGAGAAGCUGGGAGCCCUGUCCGCGCAGCUCGAAGUCGCGCGUGAGGCCGCACAAGGAGCACCUCAGCCGGCACAGCCUGACACGCAAGCACAACCCAUCGCACAAGCCGCGGCGGGAGACGCCUCGUCAGCCGAGGCGGUCAGAGAUGAGCUGCGGCGAUCGGCAAUGCAAGCGGAACAGCUUCGGGCGAGAUGCGACAGCCUGGAGUCCCAACUCGGCAAGUCCCAGUUGCAACUCAACGAUGCGAGGGAGCGACUCGGGCGCUCCGAGGCCGAGUUCGAGCGGCUGAGCGCCGACCUCGUCGCAGCAAAGCAGCGUGCUGAAGCAGCGGAGGCUGCACAGAGCGCCGCAGAGGGUCAGAGUGCGCACCUGAAGACCCUCGUCUCCCAGGUUGACUCGACGCGGGAGGAAUUGCUCGAACGCCUUCACCAGGCCGACGUGAAGUUGCAUGCUGCGCGCGUCGAAGCUGACCGUUGGAAGGCGGACCUCAAGAGUUGCAAGGCGGAGCUGGAGGCGCGCGAGGCCGACUUCAAGGACCUGCAGCAGACAAGCCGGGAUCUCGACACGGAGAGGGACAGGUUGCAGACGCAAAUCGAUUCUUGCGAAGAGGAGUUGGAGAUUCUGCGCAGCCAGAAGGCAGCUGCGUUGGACGAGCUGGCGAGCUGUCAAAGCCGCGUCGCUGAGAUGGAGUCGUCGCUCGCCGCGGCCAACUCAUUGUCCGCGUCUCUGGAGGCCGAGAACAAGUCGGUGGUGGAGCGCUCAACGUCCCUGGAGGGCACGGUGGCGGCGCUGCAGCGGGAGCAGGAGGCGCUGCGGGAGGAGGUACAGUCGCUGAUGGAGGACCUGCAGGGUGCCACGCAGGAGUCGCAGGCGCUGGGGGCCGAGCUGGUUCAGGUCUCGCGGGAGCGCGACAGUGCGCGGGCGGCGGAGGCGGCGGCAGCUCACCGCGCGGACGUGUCGGACAAGAUGGCCAAGGCCAAGGAGCGGCAGCUGGACGACCUGGUGUCGUGCUACCAGGAGCUCGCCGGCGACAACAGACGGCUCUCCUCGGCGGUCGCGCAGCUCGAGAAGGACCUCCGCAAGCGCGACCUGGAGAUCGAAGCCGCGAAGAAGGAGCAAGAAGGCCUCCGCGCAGCGCUGCGAAGUGCGCAGCUCGAAAGCAGCCAGCUCGUCGGGGACCUGCAGGGCUUUGAACACAACGUGGCGGACAUCUCGCAGGAGCUCAGACGGGCGGAGGAGCGGGCGGCCGCUGCGGAGGCUGCGCACGAGCGGGUGUCGAGCGACCUGCACGAGGCGCGCGGGGUACAGCUGCACCUGGAGCAAAUCAGACAGGGCAUGCAGCGCGAGAUCGCUGCGCUGGAGACGCACUGCAGCGUGUUGCAGGCGCGGCUGGUCGACGCCGCCCGCGACAUCGACGCGCUCGAGCACCGCCAGGCGAUGGAAGUCAGCCGCUGCAAGGAACUCGAGGCGUUGCUGGCGGACGCACGUGCCCGCGGGCUGCAGCCGACCGCGCUCAACCAGGAGGCCGCGGGCCGCAUAGCCGUUCUCGAGGAGCGGAUCAAGAUGAUGGACGAACGCAACAUGCGGUUGGAGCAACAGUUGCUGGACCAAGCGAGCAUGCCGACACACCCGGCCCCAGCUGCGCUCGAGUCAGGCUCGCCCGUACAAGGGGAUGCAGGCUCCGCGCUCGUCGUUCAGCCAGACACUGAGGCUCAGGAGCCCGCAGCACCUGCGGCCGAGGGCGGCACUGUAUGGCAUGAGCUUGAGCGCGUGCAAGCGGAGCUGAGGAGCAGAACGCAGGACCUGCAGCGCACCGAGCACACGGUGUCACAGGAGCGCAAGGCCCGGUCCCGCCUGGAGGCCCAGAUCGCGUCUCUCGAGGAGGACCGCAAGGCUCUGCAGCAGGACAAUGCGUCCUUGCUGCGCGAGAUCGCAAGUCUCGGACAGGCGAAAGGCGAGGGGGGCGCGACUGGACAGGACCCCGCGAACGUAGUCCUCGCGGCCAAGGAGGAGCUCGAGCGGAAGCUGGAAGAGGAGAAGGCUCUACGGGUGCAAGCAGAGACCGACUUCCAGGCGCUGCUGGAUAGCGUCGAGCAGGGUGCAUCGCCACCCGCUGCACCUGCGAGCGGGCAGUCGGGUGCACGGAGAGGGCGUAUCAAUGCCCGAGAGCUGCAGCGCAGACUUCAGAAGCUGGAGGAUGAGAACAAGCGACUCAUCGGGCUCGUCGCGGAAGCGGAGAAAGCGGUUGGGACAGUCGUGCAAGAGGCUGGACGCGCACGUGAAGGAUACAGCUCGGCAGAGAGCUCACUAGGCGAAGCUGCUGCAGUACUCGACAGCAGUAUCGGCGACACGCCGCCGCGGAGUUAG